AGGCAUUGCUCAGUCGUUGCUGAGACGUUGUUAAUAACGUUACCACUUGACAUUUGUAUUGAAUAAUUAAUAAAUAUUACGCUCUCUUAACUAAAGUGGCCAUUAUUGCUGGGAUUUAAUUAUUAGUUUAUUGUUUGUUGGUCGUGUUUUCGCCUCGUAUUAAAAACGCUCUCUACGAACGUGUGAAUCUUUACGUAAAUAUUUAGUGUGAACUUCCAAAUUACCUUCAUAAAUCAAUGACAAGGGUACUUAGGUGGACUUAUCGUUGGUUCUUCAUACGCACGCGAACGUAGCUUAAAAAUAAACUGGUAGGAUGCGCGAUCGGUGUUGCGGGGGUGGCACGAUGGUAGCAGCUGCAGUGGCAGUUCUCGAGGAACAAAAUGUGAAAGUAAACCGCCCUUUUUUAAACACUUGCAGUGCUGAACAAUUGAGAGACUCGUUACCGUACACAAAAGAAGCGUGCUCGCCCUCAAGCAGCUCCAGUAAUCAAACCUACAAUGAUAAGAAUGCAUCGAGUAACAAUGACGCUGAAGGGCCUUUACACUGGCUCGACCAUAAUCCAAAUCCUCCAUACAGUAAUGAUAAUACGAACGGCGCAGCGGCGCAAAGUGAAAUUGAAAAUCACUUCUCAGGAAUGGCGCGUGAAACACGGAAGUCGAAAUCCCCUACGAAUUUACACGCUAGAUCUAAAAAUAUCACAAGUUUAGAAGAGGCUCUGGGCGGUAACUUUUCGGUAAGGAAUCAAGUAAAUUAUAUCGACAGAAUUGUUUCGGACAGGGGCGAUUUCGAAUCACGAGAUUUAUUCGACGAUAGUAGUUUUUUUAGUUUUUCGAUUCAAAGUGCGGACCACAACUUCGAGGAGGCCGUUAACGAUUUUAAUUUAACUGCGGAGGACAUACAAAAUUUUGUUUCCAAAUACGACUCGUCGUCAUCGAAACGAACGUCCACAACGGAAGAUCGGGACGGUGAGGAUAAUCAUCAAUACGCGAUCGAAAAGGGCGAACGUUUGUCCUCCGAUUAUUCCGUCGAUAAUUUCGAUAGCGAUUCGAGUGACGUGGACUCGUCCAGUGCGACAGAUAGUGAUUCGAUCGGUGAGCAUAUUAUUAACGAAGGACUGGCGACCAUUACGGAAGAGGAUCGCGCUACCGCGAGUAGCGUACAAUCCGCACCAGAAGGCGACUCCUCAAGUCAGGAUGACGAAUCGACUGUAAAAGGAAAUGCGGUAUGGUCAGGAACCACUUCAAAUCGAGAAUCGAGUUCGGAGCUCUCAUCCUGUUCGUCGACGCAUUCGAAAACUUUGAAAGAUAGCUCCACGCGAUGCAAUGACGAUUUUCAAUGGAUACGUAAAGAUCCGAUCGAAAUGUCGAUUCAAAAAAUGGACCAGCAACUUCCGCAAACAAAACCGCCGAUUAAUCGUUCGCUGAGGGAGAGGUCGUCGCGCAGAUCGUCGGAAAGGGAACGAGCGGCGGCGCCUGGAAGCUUGGACAGACGAAGACAUCAUCAGAACCGGCAGGAGAGAGAUCAGAAAGCGAGGUCCUCGCAUAUACUGAAAAGUCCGCCGAAAUGCGAUGACUAUGCAAGUACGCAGAGUUGCCAGAACUGGUGUUGCAACCCGCAUCCGAACGAGCAGUACUGUUUUGAUAACUUUCAUCGGCGACAUGAGAGGGUCGAUCCGCAGAGGUACGGAAGUAGUCCGAUGUUAAUGGACCAGCGGUUUGUGGACAGAGGGAGUCAUCCGGAUCUUUACAAUGAAUUUGGUCGAUUCAGGCACGAACAACCGUACGGGUGCUGCUCGUAUCACACUGCGCCGCCUUGCUGUUUCUUUAGUGAUGCGCGAAGUUAUCACUGGCCUCCUCCAUCUUAUUCACUUAAUAAGGGAAGCGACCACGAUGACAAGUUACGCAAAUUGCAGUCGGAAAAGGAUAAUCUACAGCUACAGGUUCAGGUUCUCACCGAGCAAAUCGAAGCUCAAGGCGACAAAAUUACGGAUUUGGAAAAGGUUCUCAUCGAGCGCAAGCAACAGUUGACUAAUUCUGAGGAUAUGCUACAACGGGAAAUGCUGUCACGGUCAUCUUUAGAAACGCAGAAAUUGGAGUUAAUGUCGGCGAUUAGCGAAAUGAAACUUCAUCAGGCGGCGCUCGAAAGAGAAAACCUGGAAUUGAGAAGCUCAAGAUUUAAUAAUAAUGGUAUAAGCGGAACGAAACCACCUGUAAGGGCGAGGCCGUCUCCCCAACCUCACCAUUCAACGCCUGUACAUCACAACAGUAAUCCUGGUAUAAAUGUAAGAAUGUCGCCUUCUCCGAGUCCUGUCCCUACAGGCGCAAUGAUCUCUCAAUCGCCGAGAAAGAUUGAAUCUAACUCUCCAGUACAAGAUUUAGCGCAGCCUCCAAAGACACCUCCUGCAAACUAUCGAAGACAAAUCGAUAUACAUUACGGCAGUCUACCUAGACAACAGUUCAUCAGUAAUGGUGAAAUCGUUCCGGUUACAGAUACAAACGCGAAUACCGCAAAUAAUUCACGAAAAGGAGUGGCGUUCGGUAGGGGAUUUUAUUCAUUACUUGGUGUUCGGGGCAGAGGACAUUCUGUACCCAAUUUAGCCGAAACGGAAAAAAUUAUAAUAGACGAAAACAGUGAUGGUACACCAAGUUCGCCAUCUUUACAGUUCAACAAGAACAAGGGCAUUAAGAAAAUAUUCGGCCGAAUGAGAAGGUCCGGUUCCGGUAAUUUGGAAGACAUUCCCGGUCUUUCCGAAUUUCAACGUGGUGGCGUUAGGGCGACAGCCGCGGCGAGGUUAGGCUGGAGCGAACCGUUGAUUUUGACAAAACCGGAUAAACCAUUUCCUGAAUGGGACACGGAGAACAUCUGCGAUUGGUUGCAAGAUCUAGGGUUAGAACAGUACAUAUCAGAAGCAAAACGGUGGAUUAAAAACGGCCAACAGUUACAAGAGGUUCCGAUUCAAGAGAUUGAGAAAGAAUUAGGCAUAAGAAAUGUGUUACAUAGAAAGAAAUUGCAAUUGGCAAUAGCCGAUUCGUUAGAAAACGGAUCGAGCGAUCCUUACUUAGAAAAGGCGGGUAAACUGGACACCGCCUGGGUUUUAAGGUGGUUAGACGAUUCGGGACUGCCUCAGCAUAAAGAAGCGUUUUUAAUUAAUCGCAUUGACGGACGUGUGUUGCAUCGGUUAACGGUGGACGAUUUGUCGGUGCUUCACGUUACCUCUCUUCUGCAUGUUGCUAGUUUAAAACGAGGUAUUCAGGUUCUUCGUGAAAACGAUUUUGAACCUGGUUGUUUACAGCGAAGGUCGUUGCCGGAUGAUCCUGAGCAACCGACACCUAAACAAAUUUGUUUGUGGACAACACAUAGGGUAAUGGAAUGGUUAAGAGCUGUGGAUUUGGCCGAAUACGCCCCGAAUUUGCGUGGCGCCGGUGUCCACGGCGGGUUAAUGGUACUCGAAGAUAAAUUCACAUCCGAGCUUCUGGCUACACUGUUGAAUAUUCCACCUGGAAAAACUUUACUUCGACGUCAUCUCAAUACUCACUUCAAAGAACUAUUAGGCAAAGACAUAAUUCAAGAGAAGCGAGAGUCGGAAGGAACUUUAGGUUAUAUACCUUUAACACCAUCUGCCAAAUUGAAGGUCACCAAGAAGUCUCAGUUUUCAUUAAAACGCAAGAAAAGUAAAGGUGAAGUGGACUACGGCGAUUUAGUUUGCCCGCUGAAUCCGAACUGCGAAGGUGAAAUGAAUGGUUCUAUUAGAAGCUCUAUGGGUAUAAAAAGAGUAGAAGAAGUAAAGGAAGAGGCUGUCUCUCUUCUCAGUGAUGAUGGAUCUCUGACUGACUCAUUUUCUCAAUCUCCAUGUGUGUCUCCUUUACCAGACAGACAUCUAGUCUAGUCCGUAUUUUGUACAAGGUUUGAUUUUGUAAUGUUUAAUUUAUAAACAAAAUAUUUAUUAUUAUAAUUAUACUUUAGGUGGUCACAGAAUGUUUAAUAGUAGGUACUUCAGACAAAUUUGCUAAAUCAUUAAAUGUUACUAAUCAUCUAAUGAAACUGCGCAUAACAAUCAGUGCCGAAGCUGACUUGACCUCCCUCAUUUUAUAUAAGCUGUAUUUGUUUGUUUACCUUUAAUGACUUAACAUAUUUGUCUGUAUCGUUCAAGCUAUAGUUCCUAUGUCAUUCAUUAUUGCUGUUUUGUAAAGUGUAUAAAGAAUAUCAAGUACUGCAACUUUCAAAUUUAACUGUCUUAAAUAUCUGUGAUAGUGCUACUUUCAGAGAUAUAUAAAAAUUUGUUAUAUGUAACAGGGGACACUUACAUGUAAAAGAAUGCAUAGGAAGCUAUCAUGAUACUGACCCUAUAAAAUGAUGCAUUUAUUAUUAGUAUUUUGAGUAUUACAUACCUAUGUAUCGUUACAUUAUUAGGUACGAAAUAAUCAGACUAUAGAGGUGUAAAGGUAAUAUAAUAUUUUUAGUCUUCCCCAAAAUGCCUUAAAGU